CCAAGUGAGGAGAGCACACGUACUGCGGAUGUGCACGGUGGCUUGGGACGCCCGCCGCAGCAUGCAGCGCAUUCGGUCCUCGUCCGGAGCUCCCAUGCACGUCCUCUCGUCGGAAUUUUGACCAAACCUACGCGCGUGCCGUACGGGCACAAUAUGUCAGACAUGAACGCAAGGGCGGCUAUCGGAGUCGUGGUGUUUGUCACGCUGUGCUUUCCGUGGGGAAGCGGCGUUGGUGCCUUUCGGGACCAGGUGCCUCGCCUUGAGGGGCACGGUUACACGGACAUCAUUGUGCGCCUGCCCCACGGCCUGAAGCACAGGGAUCCAGGAGAAUUCUUCGGUCAGCUCGAGAGGCUGCUACGCCGUGCGUCAGGCAAGCUUCUGCAAGCAUCUGGCGGCCUAUGGUACUUCAAAGGCAUACGCGUGGUCGUGCCUCCUGAGAUGGAGACUCCUCGGAACAUGUUGCUGCAGGACGCCACCUGGGAGCUUUUCAACGACGCCCACAUCGCUCUCACCAAGCAAGGCAGCAAGUGCAAGGCUCGACAAAGUAGGGGCUGCGGUGAACGGGGCGACCUCGUGGCGCUGCCCGUGAGCGCGCUCAACGCGUCUGUGGACAUUGAUGCAGCGGCGUCCUCAGUCGUUCGUAGCUGGGCCCAGUUUCGCUACGGGGUGUUUGAAGAGACGGCAUUCGGUUCCAGACCGCAGUGGUGCUUCUAUGACGGAUCUUUCUGGCGUCCCACUGGCUGCUACACGACGAAUGUCACUGCACGACCUUAUCUGAAUACGGAGGGGAUUUGGGAAUGCUCGAAAAAGGACGUAGGCAUCAAGCAAAUUUUUCAGUCUGCAAGCGAGCCGGCGUCGUCGCUGAUGUUCACGUCGAGCAUACAAAAGGUGCAGAUGUUCUGCGAUGCCCGUGGUAACCACAGCCACCUGCAUUGGGCGCCCACAAAGCAUAACGCGUUGUGCAAGGCACGCAGCGUAUGGGAAGUUAUCAGGGAUUCUCCCGACUAUUCACCAAGCAUUCGACCGUUAUCCAUGCAACCGGCUACGCUAUUCGACUACGUCAAGCCACGGACACACCGCUACUUCUACGUAGUGCAGGCGUGCGCCCCUGAUCCAGCGCGUUCAGAGUACAGUAAAAUCAUGGCGUCUAUGAACGAGGGGUUGCGGCGUUUUCUUUACGCGGCACCACGUGGUUCAAAUUGGAACCUAGUGCUUCUGGACGGUGGCAACAUCACAGCGCCUGCCGAAACCAACUUUGACAGCAGAAACACUACGUGGCAAGCUAGGUGGGAGUAUCUAAGGGAGCUGGACCGUAGCGUAAAGUACACCUGCACGGGCCCGGACCUUGAAAGCUUUGUUAAAAUAAUUCCGAAGGUGGCGCAAAACGAGGCUACGACGGUGAUCGCGCUGCUGCACAGCGACUCGGUCACAGCAACAGUCGUCGAGGCGCUAGCCGCGAUCGACACGGUGCGUCUUGUCCUUAUCCUGUUCGACACGGCUGCGACGCCCCAGCACUCGGCCUGGAGAUCGACUGUGCUGCGGGCCAACCUUCUCUUUAUGGUGCCCGCAGCUUCCAGUCAGGAGUCCAUGGCGGCACUGGUUGACCUGGCCCUACACACGACGCACCACACGACGGCAGAUCUCGACGGAGACGUGGUCAAGGUCUUCCAGAAGACAGAUGUGACUCUAGGAGAUGGCGUCAAUGGCAAUUUCAGCUUCAAGUCGUUUGAUUCCAAUGUGCUCUCAUUCAUCGUCGCCUGCCCAGACGUGUACAGCAUUGAAGAAGGUGACGUCACCUUCAACGGGAUGGUGGUACCAUCUCACCGGGUCAAGAUGUCUAUGUUCGCCACGGAACAGAAGCUCACUGAGGACGCAGACGUCGUGAACGUUGACUAUGCAGUCAGGGCGCGGAAAAGCAGCCAACGCUGCUCGUUCAUGGCGAGCAUCCGCGGUUCAGUGCAAGAACCAAGAGUCCGCCUACGUGGAUGGUUCCGCAGGAAAAAAGUAGACACGCCACUUCUGCAAGUGCUGUAUGCUGAACUCCUGUGCGGUGAGCAGGCUGUUAAGGGAGCCAACAUCGAGGCAGUCGUCUACUACGUUGCGCAGGACAUUGUCACCACUACAGUCAUCCAGCUUCGGGACAAUGGACUGCUGGAGCCGGAUGUGAGCAAGGGCGAUGGCGUGUACAGCGGCUACUUUUUGGUUGCAUCGCGGCGAGGUGGCUGGUACAGCGUCCUGUUGAGGGCCACAGGCAAUCAUACAACGUCCGUCGGUUCCGCCGCAAGUCCCGGCACCUUCUUUCACAGGGAGGAGUUCGUUGGCUCCUUCUGGGCCUCUGGGCAGAACAAGGCUCAAUUCCCACCUGGCACGGUGCAUGACCUGAGCAUCAAACGCACCGAGCUGCCCAACGUCACCUUGGAAUGGUCAGCCCCCGGAAGCGAGUACGACAGCGGAGAUGGUGUGAGCUCCACCUACGAACUCCGUUACUCCCUGGACCAACGACGUCUGUUGAACGAUUUCGCUAAUCAGCCGAGUGUUGAAUUCGAACAACAGCAACAGCCUGGAGAUUAUGAGUCGGCCACCUUAUCGCUUCCAGAAAUGAAAGACGAUAACACGGUGGUUUAUUAUAUCGGUCUACGAACGAAGAACAAGGAGCGCCGUCACAGCGGCAUCUCGAACGUUGUGGCUGUUGUCGUAGAAGGCCGCUUGGGAAUGACCACAGUGGAUCCCGAUAGUAACAAUACCCACAGGAAUACCUCCGUCAGCAUCAACACCACUGCAACAGACGCUGUGAGCCAUCCUGUGCCAAAUAGCACAGCAGGGACUAUGCUGAUGAUGACUCCUGAUGAUAUCACGUCAUCGUCAGACCUUUUGUACUUCAGCCACUUUACUGAGCAUCAGUUCUACUUUUUAGUUGCCGGCGUAGCGGGCGGGUUUGUUUUGCUCGUUCUCCUCGUCAACUGUCUGAUAUGCUUGAUCUGUCUACGGCAUCGAAGGUCUGAUGGCAAAUGCCGGGACACCGAGUGCGUCGUUAUCGAGAACGUAGUUGGUCCCGAUAAGCCCAUCAAUGCAUAUGAAGAGCGCACUAGAUCUGAUGCACCAGGGGCCGUUGGGGCACUGCGCCAGAAACUAUCCAACUUAUCCCAACGUCAGGAUCACGCCAACAAUACCACGCUCGAGAACUCUCCAGGCGCAGCUGUGAAUGCGGCUCCUUCGUCGACUAAGGAUGUCGAUCCCGAUCCUCCUAUCGCUCUCGCAUCCUUCAAAGAACAUGCGCAGCCUAAUUCCGAUGGUCCCAGUGCCAUGCCUCGUGGCACAACAAAGGAAAAACCACGAAGCAUUCACACGGUGGCCGCCGAGGCAAGGGCAAACAAUGUCGGAGAGAAGGCACCAGCCACAUCAGGGCCUGAACACAUGCUGCAGCGCCGGGCGUCCGGUUCAAUACGCUCUUCCAAGAGGUCAAAUGCCUCUUCGCACGCAACGAGGGUGUCGGAUAGGUCAAGACGCACAGACCGAAGCAGGACACCGGCACUUGUCGACCAUGCGAGAAAGUGCAGUGGCAACUAUUACGACCUAGGAGUUGUCUAACAUGUGCCAGUCUUUAGCAAUGCCUUUAGGUAAGGGUCAUUACAAAAUGCUCACAUGACUGUUGAUCGCUGUCAGUGCACCAUUGCAUCUAUCUGCGUGACGCUAUCACAAUUGACUAAGAGAGAUCACGUGCUCUUCGUGCCACUAAAAAGGGAAUAGUAAUCCGAAAAGCGGGAGAUAUACAACAUUUCAGACCGUGAUUUGCUCAAGAGAUUGAGAAAAAGCAGAGUAUGACGUUCAAGACGUUCGUCACGAUUGUUAUAUUAUGGUUGAUUAAGUCUUCAGCACAGGAAAUAUCUUAAAUGUAUUUGCGCAAAGAGAGAGCGCGAGAGACAGAAACGGAAGCUUAUGACCAAAGAACUAUACCACUCUGCCCAUCACACACUGGGGAUUCGUUUCCGGAGGAAAGUGAUUACUGCAGGUACGAUAGCACACCGGUGCGCACGAAGCUGGUUCGCACAUGGUACAUCUUUCUGAUAUGCAAGAGGCGACGUUAACAUUCCACUGACUACUUUUCUUCGCUCGGUACAGUUAGUGUCAUGCAUUUCUUCCUUUCAAUAAAGUGACGUGACAUGCA